AUGUUGCCCAAGCAGAGGAAAAAUUAUCCCAGCGGGGAUGCAGCCAAGAGUGAGGAGGAAACCUAUUGCUCUCGAGAUCUGACCAACAUCGAGAAGGCUUCAGAUAUCAAGGAAAGUAGAGUCGACGCCUUUUUGCGUCGAAUGCAGGACCUCAUUAUCUUCCUGACCGUGUUCUUCUUAUGUCCUGUUGUGCUAUUUUUCAUCUUCAAGUUUGCGCUAUUGGCCCCGUUUGUGGGGAUCGACAAUUCGAAUGCAGCCAUAGGAUCGGCUGUGGCCACUGUCAUUGUGAUGCAUGUCCUGAUCGCAGGAUAUACACUGCGACUGAUCUUCGUGCAGGAGUUCUCGCGCAUGGAAACCCUGGAAGUGUGGGCCGAAUGGGUUCCACCCCAGGCCCAGAAGCAUGGACCCAUCCUGAUCGUCCUGCUGCUGAUGUCCUACUGUUCCCUGAUCAUUGGCUUCCCCAUCGCCACCUUUUUCGCCCUCAAGUUCGUGGUCCUGACCAGCUUCGAGCACAUGGAUGCGGACGUCAUUUCGGCCAUUUCCACGGUGCUUGCCGUCCAUACAGCAGUUGGGAUUUAUAUCUAUAGAGCCACCUACGCCAAGAACUCGACGACUAAAGGUGGCAAAGAUAAUCAAUAAGUUUAUAUUUAUUUGUGAUUUAUCAUUUUAAUGAUAUUUCUAUGCCAGUAACUUGUAAAAAUAGCUUUAUUAUCAUCCAACUAUUACAAGGAACAUCGGAAAUCCCC